CCCAAAAAUACAGAGACAGAGAAGAGAGAAGAUUUUGCUUUAUUUAUUCAACCGCUCUCUCUCUCUCUCUCUCUCUCUCUCUCUAAAGUUUCCAAUUUUUCUAUCUUUCUUGCCUACCUUAGAAAAAAGUAUUUAAUUUGAGCUAAAAAUUCUCAUUCUUAUUAAAGCUUUUUUGGUCUGAGAUUUGGAUCCAUUCACCACGAACGCUACUGCGAGAGCUUCACUCUCUUUAAAACAGAUAAGAGACUUGUCCGAAGAAUAGCGUAGAAUCAAAAAAGGAUGUCAAUGCCACUGCUGCAACGUGGCACCUCAGGAGGAGGAGGAGCACGAGUUUCCGACAAUCUCAGAGACUCUCAAAUGAAGGACAAAACCACCACCACCAACGUGAGGUUUCCUUUUGCUUUCCUCUUUACCAACAACAAGGCUGAUGAUCCUUACACGCCAAGGAACAAGCAGAAGUUCAUGCUUCUGUUUCUCAAGACCACUCUGGCUCUUGUCGUCCUUCUCGCUCUCGCUGGCUCCUUCUGGUGGACCGUCUCUAUCAUCUCCACGACCUCUUCUUCUACUGGUCAUGUGUAUCAUCGCAACAGCUACAGGAGGUUACAGGAGCAGCUUGUUUCUGACCUGUUGGAUAUUGGAGACAUCUCUGUAGGUCCCACUAGGUGGAAAGAGUUGGAGUUCUGUGGUGUAGAGUCUGAGAGUUAUGUUCCUUGCUUUAACGUUUCUGAGAGUUAUGAUCGGUUUUGUGGGCCGAGACAGGGGUGUUUGGUUCCACCACCUGUGGAUUACAAGGUUCCUCUGAGGUGGCCAACGGGUAAAGAUGUUAUAUGGUUUCGUAAUGUUAAGAUCACUGCUGAUGAAGUGUUGACUUCUGGCAGUAUUAACAAGAGGAUGAUGAUGUUGGAUAAUGAUCAAGUAUCUUUCCGUUCUGCAUCUCCUAUGUUUGAUGAGAUUGAAGACUAUUCCCAUCAGAUUGCUCAAAUGAUUGGGAUUAAGAAUGAUAACUUCAUUGAAGCUGGUGUGAGGCUUAUAUUGGAUAUUGGAUGUGGUUAUGGCAGCUUUGGAGCACAUCUACUCUCAAAACAGCUCUUAACAAUGUGCAUAGCAAACUAUGAAGCCUCUGGCAGCCAAGUUCAGCUAACACUGGAGAGGGGACUACCUGCUAUGAUCGCUUCUUUUGUAUCAAAGCAGUUGCCAUAUCCUUCUCUUUCCUUUGAUAUGUUGCAUUGCUCAAGCUGUGGCAUUGACUGGGACCACAAAGAGGGGCUUCUCCUUGUGGAAAUCGAUAGAGUUCUGAAGCCAGGAGGUUACUUUGUCUGGACAUCUCCUCUCACAAACCCUCGCAGCAAAGAGGAUCUCAAGAGAUGGAGCUUUGUUCGUGGUUUUGCUGAAAGCAUCUGCUGGACUCUUUUGUCUCAGCAAGACAAGACAGUUGUCUGGAAGAAGACAACCAAAACCAAAUGUUACAGUUCCAGGAAGCCUGGGGUGGGCCCUUCUGUGUGUAGCAAAGGGCACGAAGUUGAGUCUCCUUAUUACAAGCCGCUUCAGAUGUGUCUUGGUGGAACAAGGAGCAAGAGGUGGAUCCCUAUUGAAAGCAGAACAAGAUGGCCUAGCCGGUCUAACAUGAACAACACUGAGCUUUCACUAUAUGGUCUACACGAGGAGGAGGUUGGAGAAGAUGCUGAGAACUGGAAAGCAACAGUAAGAGAAUACUGGUCACUCUUGUCUCCUCUGAUAUUCUCUGAUCAUCCCAAGAGACCAGGCGAUGAAGAUCCUUCACCUCCUUACAACAUGGUCAGAAACGUUUUGGACAUGAAUGCUCAGUUCGGUGGUCUCAACUCCGCCUUGCUGGAAGCAAAGAAAAGAGUCUGGGUCAUGAAUGUUGUCCCUACAGCUGCUGGACCUAACCACCUCCCUGUGAUCCUAGACCGUGGCUUCGUCGGUGUUUUACACGACUGGUGUGAGGCGUUCCCUAGUUAUCCAAGAACAUAUGAUCUUGUCCACGCAGACAAUCUUUUGUCUCUCCAGACGAGUCAGCACCGGAGCUCAUGCUCGCUUCUGAACAUAUUCACAGAGAUUGAUAGAUUACUUCGUCCAGAGGGAUGGGUGAUAAUACGUGACACGGCACAGCUGGUGGAAGCUGCUAGAGCUUUGACAACGCAGUUGAAGUGGGAAGCUAGAGUCAUAGAGGUUGAAAGCAGCAGUGAACAUAGACUCCUUAUCUGCCAAAAACCUUUCACCAAGAGACUAUCAAUCUAAAAAAACAAGAACAAGACAGACAUAAUUAGUAGACAACAGGCUUUCUCCACUUUUAAUCACUUUUGUUCAAGAGCCUCCACCGAACUUGUGUUGACUAUACGGGGAAGAAGAAGAAAGGAGGAAGAAGGCAGGGGACGUAAGACCACCGGUGAAAAGGUUUCAUGAGUUCCCCAUUUUACAGAAUCUUAAGAUUUUUUUUAUUAUAUACAGUGAAAAUAAUAUGAUCCAAACAUUUGUAAAGAUGUUUAAGAAAUAAAAAUGUAUUUCAUUUUCAA